AUGAAAUUCUUCUCCGUCGUCACCGUCUUCGUACUUGGUCUGCUGGCUGUUGCCAACGCUGUUCCGCUGUCACCCGAUCCAGGAAAUGUUAUCAUCAAUGGCGAUUGUGUACACUGCAAUGUUCGCGGUGGCAAAUAGAGAAUUGUAAUUAAAUAAACCCUAGAAUGUAAAAUGCCUUUUCCAGUUGUAAUAAAAUAGC